AUGGCUGCCCCCAUGAGCAGUGUGGGUAAACCCUCAGCUGAACGAUCACCGUUCAAUAAUACGAGUUUUCAGAAGAAAACAAGAAGCAAGUUAAUCUCCAUACCUGGUACCAGACCCUCGGUUCAAAAUGGACAGCUCUUAGUCUCCACCGGUGUCACGUCACUCGACUAUCUGCUCGGUGGCGGGUUAGCAGUUGGAACAGUACUUCUCAUAGAGGAAGACCGAUAUGAUAGCUACUCUCGUAUGAUCCUAAAAUACUUCCUGGCAGAAGGAGUCGUGUGUCGGCAUGAACUUUAUGUGGCGGCGGCUCAGGAUAACCCAGAUGACAUCUUACAGGAACUCCCGGCCCCCAUCCUGGACGAUGUUGCUAUGCACAAACCAGCCGAGCAGCCCAGGCUGUCGUGUGAACCUCCAGACGGUUUGGACGCCAUGAAGAUCGCCUGGCGCUAUCAGAAUCUCCCGAAAGUACAGACUGCCCUGGCCUCUUCAUCCCGGUUCGGGCACUACUAUGACGUUUCCAAGACGAUGGAGCCAGAAAUUCGCCAGGCAGCCAAGUGCCACCGCUUCUACCUUCCAGAACAUCCUACCCAGUCAUCACCCCCGCACAGUACCAUGCUUGAGUCCUACUCGGCGUUGCUGAAGUCUCUUCAAGAGGUCAUAAACAGGGAGGGCUUUGAUGUAGCAGCCCCUAUGUCAAAUUCACGUAACAUCCUGCGAAUCGGGCUUCACUCUCUUGGCUCGGCUCUGUGGGGUGAUGACCUGUGUUGCCAUGACAACCCUAAAAAUGGCCGCGCCCUCACUACCUUUCUCUAUGGACUGCGUGCUUUGCUGAGGUCAUCGCUGUCAGUGGCGGUAGUUACUGUGCCUUCACAUCUCAUCCAGGACAGAGCUCUAAUGGGCAGCAUAACCAGGCUAUGUGACAAUGCCAUAGCCCUGGAAUCAUUCAAAGGCUCUGAGAGAGAGACCAACCCACUCUACAAAGAUUACCAUGGUCUGAUACAUGUACGCCAAGUACCUCACCUGAACUGUCUGGCGAGUAAACUUCCUGACCACAAGGACCUGGCCUUCAAGCUCAAGAGAAAACAGUUCAGUAUUGAGAGACUGCACUUGCCUCCAGACUUGUCUGACACGGUGAGUCGUGUGAGCAGGGGGGAGCUGGCAGGAGCGACAACGGUGGCCUCAGCCUGUGGCUCCGGCUCUUCCGGCAACAAACACCUGGACUUCUAGCGCUCCCACACAGUUGUCCUCUUUACCAUGGCGACCAGGUUGUUCCCUUGCCCACAUGAUGUCAACCUCGAUAACCCUGCCAGCCUUUACCACCUGCCAACUGUCCCAGCCAGGGGUGAAGAUCUAAACAUCCACAGUGCUUUGUCUCAUAACGGACAUUUCAUCCCAUGUUUCAAGUCCUUUUUUUUUUUUAAAUAAAGCAGUACACUAUUUUUUUGCACAUUCCAAGAAUAAAGAUGAGUUUAUUUAA